ACCUCUUCAAUUCUCUCUCUCUCUCUCUCUAGCUUUUUCUUUCUCUCUCUCUUAGCUGGUCAAGCCGCAGCUGGAGAAAGGGUCUCUUGUCUAUAUAUUCCCUCACCCCCCCCUCACUUGGACUCUUGUCUUUCUACAUUAAAACUACAGUCCCAUCUUCUUCUAGAGUUAGAGUGAGAGAGAAUAAAAAUAGAAGUAGAGAGAGACAGAGGAUAUGGGAAGGCCUCCUUGCUGUGACAAAGUAGGGGUGAAGAAAGGGCCAUGGACGCCCGAGGAAGACAUAGUCUUGGUUUCUUACAUUCAAGAACAUGGCCCUGCAAACUGGAGAUCUGUCCCAGCUAAUACAGGCUUGCUCCGGUGCAGCAAAAGCUGCCGGCUCCGGUGGACCAAUUAUCUCCGGCCGGGCAUCCGCCGCGGCAACUUUACUGAACAUGAGGAGAAGAUGAUCAUCCACCUCCAAGCCCUCCUCGGAAAUCGAUGGGCAGCCAUAGCUUCGUACCUUCCUCAAAGAACCGACAACGAUAUCAAGAACUACUGGAACACUCACUUGAAGAAGAAGCUGUUAAAGAGCCAAGAAGCAAAAUCAGGGCAAAUUGGGAACAGUUCAUCGUCGUCUUCAUCAGAAAGUAAAAUGAUUUCAAAAGGGCAGUGGGAGAGAAGGCUUCAGACAGACAUCCACACAGCCAAACAGGCGUUAUGUGAAGCUCUCUCCCUCGACAAAUCAGCUGUCUCCUCGUCGAAUGCGACACUAUUUUCUUCAAUGGAUCAUCGGACUAUUCCCCCUCAGCCAUCUUCAACCUACAUCUCCAGCACCGACAACAUCGCCCGGAUGCUCGAAAACUGGAUGAAGAAACCCCCAAACACACCACAGUCAUCUGAGAGCACAACUUCCAUAAACAACAUCAACAACAACAACAAUCAAUCGGUUAAUCUGCCGAGCUCGAGCCCCAGUGAAGGCACUGCAUUCAGCAGCUUCAACUCCCCGAAUUCGGAUGUCACGCAAUCGGUGUCGGUGGAGGAUCAAGAAGUUAAAUUUGAGGCUGCAAACCUCACACAAGAUCGAACUCAUGGUGUGAUCAGCAGCAAGAAUGCUUUGGUGGAUGUUCAGACGGAAAUGCCCCUCAGCUUGCUCGAGAAAUGGCUGCUCGACGAGGCCGGUGCGCAGGGGCAGGAUGGGGAUUUCAUGGACAUGGCUGGCCUUAGUGCAACUGCUGAUUUGUUUUGAAGAUAUUGCAAGAAAAAAAAAACACAUCUGCUCUCUCUUCGGAACAAAUUAGCAGUUCAGUUCAAGUUAGGUUCUCAUCAAGAUCUUCUCUUAAUCUAUGAAUCAUAUAUAUAUAUAUAAAUUACUACCAGCACAUAUAUAUAUACAUAUAUAUCUUUCCUUAAUCAAACUUUGAACUGAUAUAGUUUUGAAUUAAUCCCAUAUGUCAAUUAGCCCCCUGAAGCCUGAUGAUGAUCAACAGAAAGAUGGUCCCUUUUGCUUGAAGAGAGACUGAAGUUGUAAUUACUUGUAGUUUGUUAAUUAAUUAGGGUUUGUAAUUGGGAUCAUCCUUAAGGAAAAAAAAUAAAAAAAUAGAAAAAAGAAAACCCACCCCCUCCCUACCCACCCACCCCACCCCACCCCACCCCAUAUAAAUAUAUAUAUAUAAGUCAAGAGAUGUGCUGGAUAUAUAUAGCAGCAAUAAAUCAAGGCACAGUCUCUAGCUUAACAUGAUUGUACCUUGUGCAUAGUUUGGUGUACAUUUCUGAGAAAUGAGAAACUAGGGUUUGACUUUUAGCA